AACAGUAACCUGAACUCGCUCGCUCGCGCUUGAGGGCUAUUUCCUGUUGAACAAUUCAGCAAUAAGAUGCUUGUUGGAUUUUGAAAAGGUGAAGCUUCACAGAAGAAGGUCUAAGCAGUUAAGGUGAUAUCUUCAGCAUCCAAUGGAGUUCAGCUCUGGCAAUGAGACACAUCAUCUUGGGUCUGUGGUGGACUGAACAUGAUAAUUAUGAACUGAAGUCGUCAGAUGUUCCCGAAUCGGACAUUGGAAUCAUUUCAGUACAGCUUCUUGAAUUUAAAACAAGUCUCCUCGAAGCAGUGGAGGAAUUGCAUAUUUACAGGGAUGCUGAAACCCGUCACGAGGCGCAGAUCUGCAAACUUGUCCUGGAGAAGCAAGAACUAGAGUGGCAGAAGGAGUCUUUGCAAAAUCAGAUCAACAAGAUGACGAAUGAACAUUCAGAAUCGCUCGCUGCCGUUAAAAAACAGUUUCAGGCUCAGAUCCGAGUCGUAGAGGGAGAGAAGGGGAAACACCAACUCUGUGCUGAGUUAAAGGACAAAGAGAUCACCAGCCUGAAGGAAGAGUUAAAGUUGCUGCAGUUGUUCAAGUACAGUUUGGAGAAGAAAUUAAGCGAGCUGGAGCAGAAAGUGCAGCUGCAGACGCAGGUGAAGGACAGCCAUCUAAAUCAGCUGGGAGAGGUGGAGAAGCGCUUCAGGAUGGUAUCCAAACAGUUUGCUGUGGUCAGACAGGGCCAUGAGAAACUGGAGCAGAAUGUCGAAGAAGGAAUGAGGAUUAACAAGAAACUUGUAUCCAUCAACAAAAAACAAGAAUCUAAAAUUGCUGUCCUGAAAAAGGAGGCGGAGAGGCUUAACAGUGAGCUGGUGAAAUGCAAAGUUGUGUCUGUCAGCAGAUCUGGAGAAGAAGGUUGUUCUUACCUGCUCAAAGACCAACAAUUGCAGGAGCUUCAACAAAGGCUGACUGUGGAAAUUGAACUGAAUAAAAGGCUCCAAAAUGAAAUGGCAGCAGAAAGAGCAGAGAAGCAGGAGCUUAUGAACUCCCUCCAGCAUGCCCAGUGGCUGCUGCAGACUCAGACGCAGGCUGUGAGUCGACUUGAGCAGCAGCUCCUCAUACACACAGAGGAGUACCAGGUCCUUAAACGAGAACAUGAAAUGGUCCGAGAGAGGAGUAAAAAAAAAGAGGACAGACUUGUGCACUUGAUCAAUGACUACAAACAUUCCAAAAUCACUUUGGAAAAAGAGAAGCAGGCAAUGCAUGGAAAGGUGCAGGCAAAUCAGGAAGAGCUGAAAGCUGUUAAAAAGGCAUACGAUCAUCUCCAUGAGAAACACCAGCGACUGUCUUUUUGUAUGACGCAUCAAGCAGGACACAUUUACAGCUUAGAGGAUGGCUCUAUGGGCGAUUUUGACAUCCAGACACGCUCUUCUACCAGCUUAAACUGUUAUUUGGAUCUGGACAAAGAUACGUCUUUAGAUAGAGAAUCCCAUCAAGCCGGUUCUCAAAAUAACUGUGAGCAAAUGAGACAUUGCAAAGAAGACGAAGACAUUCCAGAUGAAAGGACUGCCGAGUGCAAAGAAGCAGCAACCGGCAGAGAAAACGAUGAGCUUAACGUUCGUUCACAGAUGGAUCGAACGACCCUGGCGCUUCCACCUUUAGAAGGCGUUAAUGCUUUGGCUCCAGAUCAAUCAGAGACAAGUGAGAGAGUGAGUGGAACUAAUGUGACAAAUCAGCAGAUAGAUCCAGCUGUCAAACAAGACGCUAGUGUCAGUGAAAGCGCACCGGUGCGCUGCGUGGAUGAUAAUGGUAACCCUCCAGUGCAAAGUUACACAGAAAGCUGUCUCUCUAAGCUAUCAGAACCCCAAACCAGGUCUGUUUAUGGUGUGACGAGUGACCCGUUGGUGUCUGAACCCAGGGUUACGCCAGCAGAGAAGAGUCUGUGUGUCUAUAAAACACAAGAGCACCAGACACCAGAUAAACACACACCCGAGACAUCUCACAACGUUGCCUUGAUAGGAGUUGAGCUUCAGACUGCAGCACCUGAGAUAAAUAAGGCUCCAUGUGCCCCACCAAAUAGUGAUAUCAUUCCUUGUGUAGAGGAUCCAGUCAUUAAUGGUGAACAAGAUAUAGGACCAACAUAUGCACAUAAUAAGAGUCCUAGUCCUAGAAAGUAUGAACAAUUAGGUGUCGCUUAUUCAGUUCAACAGCAAAUCAUUCCUCAGGAGACUGACUCUUCUAAUGAAGGCGUCUCUUUAGUACCCUGUGCUGCCUCAAUUUCUGACACACUUUUUAGUGAACUACAAGAACUACCAGGAAGCCUUGAACAACAGGACACUUUGGAAGAUAUAAACCAUAUCAGAGUCAUUAAGGCAAAAUGUAUCCCAGAAGCAGAGUUGAAUGCUAUUUCCCACACUGCUGAAUCGUCCUCUCAAAGCACAGCUCAAGAUGGAAAUAAAACAGAUGAUAUCUGUACUUCUGCUUUAUCUGCACAGAGCAAUGAGCAAAAUGGGAAAACAUCUCCAGAUCCCCAGAUCUCAAACCCCCAGGACGAUUCUGUGUUCAACGAUACAAAACAAAGCGAACAGCCAAAUAAUGCAAAAGAGCAAAUUACUGGAAUAAAUCCAGAUCUCAAGGAAGAAAGCAAACAUUUUGAAUCAUCUCUUGAGUUGGACGUGCCUAUUAAAGAAUCGUUCACGAAAGAGCAGUUGUGUGGCUCACAAAGUGUGACAAUGGUGCAACCAAACAAAUCCUCAGCACCUUCAAGAGCGUUACAUUCUGAUCAGAAAUCCGAGUUGCCCCCUGGUUUUCAGGACCUUCUCAGAUCAAUGAGUACGCCUGUAUUUCCAAAGUCCACACUAAGAAACAGAGGUGAACCUUUUGACAAGGCAAAUGUUUCAUACACAUGUUCUAAUCGAAAAAACGAUCACUACAGGGAAUGGAAUGCGAUAAAAGAGACAUUUUCUGAAAUCUCAGCUGAAAAGGAGAGCAGAUUUCCCAUCUUGUUCGGUUCAGCUCAGCCGGGCAGUACAGCGGCAUGCUCUAGGGGUAAUGGGCUGAGACAGAACUGCACUGUUACUCCCCCUCCCAGGCGGCACAGCUUGGGAAAAGUGUCUCGGCCCGUGUGCGAGGAAAGAACGCCCACGCUUCUUGAGAAUGAGGACCAUCAGAAGUGUGACAUCAGGGCCCAGAUCGCCAAGAUUGAACAGUUCCUCUCUUCUGAAAGUUUCAGGCCGCAAAAAAGACGUAGGGUGGAUGAGUUGGAGCUUUAAAAGGCUUUAAAAUCAGUUAUCUAUAUUAUAUUGGCAUUAGAGUUGCGGUAGAGUUCGAGGGGUUUUCUUUUAUUUAUUUUGCAUUUAAGUGAAGUGUUUGAGACUUUUGUUAUACGUUUUAAAACGAUAAAAUUUCAAGCAGAUUGUAUAAUUGUUUAAAUUGUGUUUAUUAUUAUUAUUAUUUUUUUUUAUAUGAAGCCUGUUUAACUCAAACGCAUUUUAAUCCUCGCUCCAUGCUCCACAUAAAGCAUGUUAAUUACAGUUUUAAAGCCAAUUAACACUAAUUACUCCCUGGAUGGCCCGUCUUUUCCUCUGAGGACAUUUUAAUUUGCAGAGCACAAACUGCUGCCAACUAUAACUUGUGUUAAUUAAAACAUUUGAGUAACGGGAAUCAAUUAAUGCACAUUAACCCAAAUUAGCAAAUGCAAAUUAUUCUCUCAUUAAGUUAAUGUUCUCAAUAAAAAGGUUGUUUAGAAUAUAUGGACAUGUGUUAGGCCGAUACAGAUGACAAAAUGUGUUGCUGCUGCUGGACAAGUAGAGAGUUUAUGUUGUAGAACAAUCAGCAGAUGUUAAUGAGCUCCUCAGGCAACCUGAAUAUCUGCGAAACUAAAAGCGCCAUUGUAGUAUUUGUAUUUGAUUUUUUUUUUUUUAGGUUUUAUUUGGAUUGUGUGUGUGUGUGUGUGUGUGUGUGUGUGUGUGUGUGUGUGUGUUAGUGUGUUUGUUUUUUACUCAUAUGUUCCACAGAACCGAAGCUGAUGCCCGCAUUUCAUUCUGUUUUAUUGUUAGAUAAAUCAGGUUUUUUUUUCUUUUUUUAAAUUAAAGCAGGUGAAAGAGCUUAACAAAACCAUUCUCCAUAGAAGAAAUAAAAUCACACUGCAGAAAGACAAUGCGCACCUCCUGAGGAUGGCUCAAGGUCCCUCUCAGGUCUGGCUUAAUACACUUACUCAUUAUUAAUAUGUCAAAAUGUUAAUGUCCUCAUAAAGAAAUCUGAUGUGUUUGGAGUGUCUGUGCCAGCAGUGCUGACCCUUAUCCUUAAAGGGAGUAAGCAAUAUGGAAAGCGUAAUUUUAAUACACAAUCUGGAAUAUGAAGUGGCGGUCCUUCGAAACAGUCAAUUACACUUGAGCGCGGGAGGGACCCCGGUGUUAAUUACUAGUCGCUUUUAUAUAGAGUGUAAAUAAAGAGCUUGCUGACAUUCA